AUGUUUGGUCAAGUUGUAGAUUGGAAAAAAAGUGAAUUUAUAAGUGGUGGUAGUAGUAAUUCAAUGGGUUAUUUUGGUGAUUCAGGAAAAAGUUUUGAUGAUAUACUUUAUAUAAUGCACGCUCUCUUCCUCAAAGAUAGCAAUUAUCAAGAUAAUCCUUUCUUAAAAGUUGGAACAGAUGCAAGCAUUAUUGGAAAGAAUUAUUUUAUUGAGAGUGGAAGUGCAAUUUAUAAUAAUGAUGAAGCCAUUGAUUUUAGUGAAUAUAGUACAGUAUUAAGCAGUAAUGCAGUUAGUCUAAAAAAAAUUCAUGAAAAGGAAAUAACUGUUUAUGAGAAAAAAUUAAGUAGUGAAACAUCAUCAAUGUUUCAUCGAUUUAUACUUAGAAAUAAUGAAUAUAAAUUAGUUAAAAAAGAGUUUGACAGAGUUGCUAAUAAAGUAGCAUUAACUACUAUGAAAUCUCUUGCAAGUUUCAGAAAUACAACAGAUGCUAAUGUUGUAUUGGAGAAUUUAAAAGGAGAAGAUGCUAAGUUAGGUAAGAAAGUUGAUGAAUUAAGAGAAAUUAGUUCUAAACAAAGCAAAGUUAACAGUGAAAAAGAAACAGCCAAAGAUGCUAAAAAAUUACAGAUAAGUGAAAGUUUAAAAACUAAUGCUACUUUUGAUCUCGCUGCCAAAUUAGCCAAAUUAGAUGCUGCUAAAACUGAUAAUCAAAAUUCUUUGGAAUCAGUGGAACAGAAACUAGAUUCUGUGAAACAAAAUGAGUUAGAUCAAAUUAAUCACUAUAUUGAAAAUGGUGAAGUUUCCAUAGAAGAGAGAAUUCUGCCCAUAGAACUAAAAGGAGCUUUAGAAGUUAAAACUAAUGUGUUUAAUCCUGAAAUAGUGGUAGAAACAAUUGCUUUACAAGAAAUCAAAGCAGAUAGUAAUCUCAAAAAACAAAUCCUAAAAAAGAUGGAAGAUUAUAAAGAAGAUCAAAAAGGAUUAGUUAGGUUAGAUCUCUCAGUUUAUGAAGAUGAUAAAGAAUUUACUGAAAAAGGAAUCAUUAAGUACUAUGCUGAAAAGUUAGGAGGACAAAAUUAUAUCAAGAAGUACUAUGAAAAGCCCUUUGAAGAUAAUCAACAAGAAGGUUUCUGA